UUUAUUUUGUCUUCAUAAUCAGUCAAUGUCAUCUAUUUUAAGUUAUCAACUUCGCCAACAGCAACAACAAAAUGAACAGAAACAACAGCAGGAAACGCUAGAUGCUAAACCUUCUAAGAGUAGUGUGGGUGGUGGUCUUCCAUCUCCACCCAACUCAUUCUGUGGUGAUGAAGCAUCCAGCAAUUCAGCAGCAACAGGAAUCACCAUCACUAUUAAUGACAAAGUUCCUUUGAAAGUAGUCCAAGAAAAUAUCCGCAGGGAUUCACUUCCCACUGUAUUUAACGAUAUGACAUUGAAAGACUAUUCAGUGUCAUUACCCGAGAAUUACACCAUAGACCACUCACAAAUCAAUAGUAACAAUAAUAGCAUCAGUAACAAGAAGGCUGUACUUGCAUCUACUGCCGCUACUGCUACUGCUACUGCCGCUGCAACUGGGGGUUUAACUAUUCGUAAUCGUCGACCUUCUGAAAUCAACAUGGGCCGUAGAAAGAGUAGUUUCACAGGUACCCGUAUACUCUCCGAGUCCUUCAGUGGACAAUAUCGUUGCAUGGACUGUGGAAAAUCAUACAAGUCACCCAAUUGCUUACAAAAACAUCGUUGGGAGCAUUCGGAUGAAUGGGAGUUGACUAAAAAAUUCCCUUUAACAAAGCAUCAACAAGUACAGAUGCUUGAAGCAGCUGCCAUUCUCGUUGGCAUGGAUCGUAGAGGAAAUAAUAAAUUAGAAAAUACCGAAUACAAUAACAGCAAUACCAGCAACACUACCAUUAAUACUACAACUACAACCACCACUACAACUACAACUACUAAUGCUAAUAUUUCAGUUCAAAACUAUCAGGCCGACGAUGAUGAUGAUGAUGAUGAAUCUAUCCAUAUUGACGAUUCCGACGUCGAACCAGCGGAAGACGAAGAUGAAACUAUCUCGAUUGUUUCGAACGAUUCAUCUGGUAUCUUUAUGGAGGACCUUUGAAAUUGUCCUUAUUCCUUUUUAUCUCUUUCCUCAUGACUCGGCGAACGACGCAAUUUCAUUUCCAUAAUACCUCUAUUUUUAUGUAUAUAUUUAAAUCCUAUCUCUUAUUAUCAUAUCAUAUCAAAUAUGUUUUCCAUUUACUUUUUUUUUUUUUUUUUCCCUUUUU